GCUUCAGUUAAUGUUCACAUCUAACGUCAGACAUGCUAAUGGAUAGGUUUGUUGAAGAAUUUCAAGGAGUUUUCACCAAACAGUGAAGAGUUUAUACAGACUGGUGUAGAAAAUAAAUAAAUAAAUAAGGGACAUUUUUGGGCGUAGAUAACUCGAAUAAACACCACAACUGGGAAAAAAAUGGAUUGUUGGGAAGUAUUAAAUGUCUUCAGCACAACAUGGAACAACAGUGUAACCUUCGAGGUGAAAACGAGAAGCUAAAAAAUGUUAUCAUUGAGUUGGAGAAACAAAAUGAAGGACAAGUGGAGGAGAACAGAACUUGUGUACAGAGGAUGCAGUGUGAGAUGAGAGCUUUGCAAGAGCAACACCAGAGGGAGAUGGAGGAUUUUGCUGCAGAUACAAAGAGGAAAUUGGAGUCUAAGGAUGCUGAAAUAAAAGAGAUUCUGGACAGAGAGCAGAGUGCAAUAAAAGCAAUGAGGCAGGAAAUGAAGGACCAGGAGAAAGAAAAGCAAAGUGAAGUUAUAAAGUUGCAAAUGGAGUUCGGUGCUAAGCUUGCAAGGGCUCAGAGCAUGUUGGUGAAGAGCCAGCUGCAGCCACAAGCAUCUGGGAUCAUUUCUCCAAAUAUCUAUAAAAGAAAGCUGCAGUUUCUGCAGGAAGAGAAGAACAAAGAGAUUGAUGCUCUUCGCCAUAAAGUUAAAGAGCUGGAGCAGCAGAAUCUGUGCACCUUCUCCGAGCCACGCCUGAAGAGGAAGAAAAUCUGAUCAGCUGUUCCACCCACUGUAAUGUAGCCAGUGUGGCAUCAACUGUACUUCAUGUUCAACACAAUGUGUAUUAACACAACAGACUGAUAUAUUUUGUGUCUGUGUAAAAUUGUGCAUGGUUUUGCAUUUAAAAUAAUAUACAUGCAAUGUUCUUUUUUUUCCCAUGAAUUGCAGUGUAUUGCAGGGCUGCUAAAUAUCGGAGGACAUGUGUGUUUAAAUAAACACAUGCUCCAUGCAA